ACUCUCUGCAAUACUAGAUAACUACUCAAAGCUUUUCCUGUGCUUUUUCAGUAAUUCUUCUCUUCAUCAUUUGCUUAAAAGAUCAUGGCUAUCCGUAUGCCUCGUAUAAUCAAGAAGUCUUCUACAACUAGAGAUGUUCCAAAAGGCCACUUUGCUGUUUAUGUAGGGGAAAAGCAGAAAAAGAGAUUUGUAAUUCCCAUUUCAUUCUUGAGCCAACCUUUAUUUCAAGACUUGCUUAGUCAAGCUGAGGAAGAAUUUGGCUUCAAUCAUCCAAUGGGCGGGGUCACAAUUCCCUGUAGCGAGGAUGUGUUCAUUGAUCUUACUUCUCACUUGAAUAGGAUCUGAGGUUUUUCAAGAUUUACAGUUUGUACAUUAGAGAAUUAGGAAAUACACAUUAUUUGUACCAUGUUACUGAAAAUUAGAUAGAGGGAGCAACUGUGAACUGCAACAGUAGAUCCCAAUUUUGAAUGUAAUUUUCAGUAGCUUAGCUAAUGUCUAAAAGAUAUACAACACAAUUUUUAACAAAUGAAAUUU